GCUCUAACAAGAUAGCGAUUGCAAAACAUUGACUGCAUGAGUCAUACAACAUCAGCCACCGGAUUGGAAACAGACAUCAAAGUUGCGAGGGCUACGAAGGGACGCCUGACUCACUGAAGAGGAUGGAAGUUGGGAAGGAUAUGACCACAUCAGAGACAUUCUGUGAGUGUGUACCCAGCUCCUCCCAGCUCAAACAUCGCUGGUCAGACUCAGAAACUGCCAGGGAGACCCCUGCCAAGAGGAUGAGCUGCAGCUACCUGCUCUGCACUAUCCUGCUCUUUGUGGCUGUAUUGCUGGCUGUCACUGUAACUGGCACCAUCCUUUUUAUGAAUCACUACCAGGCCCCACCCAUGUCUGAUGGCCUUCCCCACAUCUCUACCAAUCAGGACGAAGCUAAUGCCCUGGUCACCGUUGAGAGAGGCGAUGGCUCUCGCAUCAACAUCUUCAUCGACCCCAACUGCCCCGACUAUAACAGUAACUUUUUGCGGCUGGAGGGUGUGCAGACCUCACUGCUCCACUCACUAACCGAUCACGACUCUGACCUGAAGUCAGUGAAAGGCCAGGAUCGGGCUCUGCUUGUCAGUCUGGCUGAGGAGGUGGCCAAGCUGUCAGCCCACGCAGGGCAACUGAAAAUGGACUAUGAAUCCCUACGCAGGGGGCAAGGCAGCCUGGGGCAGGACCUUAACACACUGCAGACUGAGCAGGGACGCCUCAUACAGCUGCUGUCAGACAGCCAGGUCAACAUGGUGAAGGUGGUGAACUCGGUGAGUGAUGCUCUUAAUGCCAUGCAGAAGGAGAACGUGGGCCUGAAGGCGCGUGUCAAGGCCGACUUGCAGAGGGCACCAGUCAGAGGGGCUCGUUUCAAGGGCUGCUCCAAUGGCUCGCGUCCCCGUGACUGUGGUGAUCUGUACGCCAGUGGUCAGAGAGAGGAUGGUAUCUACUCCGUGUUUCCUGUUCACCACCCCGCAGGCUUUCAGGUCUACUGUGACAUGACCACAGACGGAGGAGGCUGGACAGUGAUCCAGCGCAGAGAGGACGGCUCGGUCAAUUUCUUCAGAGGAUGGGAGUCCUAUCGUGAGGGAUUUGGAAAGAUCACUGGUGAACACUGGCUUGGGCUGAAGCAGAUCCAUGCCCUGUCCAUCCAGGGGAACUACGAGCUACGUAUCGACUUGGAGGACUUUGAAAAUAGCACCGCAUACGCCCAUUACGGUACCUUUGGAGUGGGCCUCUUCUCAGUGGACCCUGAUGAUGAUGGAUACCCUUUGACUGUGGGAGACUAUUCUGGCAAUGCAGGUGACUCUCUACUGAAGCACAAUGGGAUGAAGUUCACCACAAAAGACAGGGAUAACGACCACUCGGAGAAUAACUGCGCCUCCUUCUACCAUGGUGCCUGGUGGUACCGCAACUGCCACACCUCUAACCUUAACGGCCAGUACCUCCGUGGUCAGCACACCUCCUAUGCCGAUGGCAUCGAGUGGUCCUCCUGGACUGGCUGGCAGUACUCACUCAAGUUCUCUGAGAUGAAGAUACGGCCCACCCGUGACCCUGAAAAUAAAUGAAACAGACAAAAGCGGAAUAAAAAAAGAAGACAUUUUUGAAACAUUACAAACCAGACAGCUAGGCGGAAUUACUUGUCUUGAUAUUGUUUAUUCACUAAAUCAUAACUCUUUGAGUUUAGUUGACUACUGUUUGCCUCCUGAUGUCUCUCUUCCUUCUUGCUCCUCUUCCUCCAUCACUCAGCUACUAGUUAUGCCGGCUGCCAUAAUCCUUCCCCUGGUCCCUUUCUUUAAAUAAUAAUGUGUUCGUGAUGCCCUUAUUUUUUGAUCAUUCGGUUCACAAAUACAGCAUACCAGAGCCCUGAGCCCACAGUCCACUGCGCUAGCUUUACUCAGUCUGGAUUGGUGGUCCAACCGGCCCCUGCAGAAAUACACAUCAGCGAUUUCCUUCUGGCAUCUAUCUGUGACUCCCAAUCUGUGCUGACAUGGCACAUAGGCUGUUGUUCAGUCUCACUGCCCAUUGCUAUAUAAUCUGUGAAUGGAGAGGGUUGCUCCAAAUAUGACAGAAAAAGACAAACCCUUCACAAAAUAUGAACAGGAGAUACAGAUUCUACUUUUUUACCCUCUGCAAAUGGAAGUCUAGUGUUUUUACCAGUGAGAAGGGACAGCGCAGUGGUACACUAUGUCACAUUUACAUCCUUGAUCUGCAUGAAUAAGACCCAGCAGGGUAGUGGCAAGAAUUGCGGGGUCUCAGAUAAUGAAAGGGAGACAGAGGCAUAGAGAAUGAGGAGACAAUUUGACAAGGUUUAAAUUGUUCGAAGGAAAGUGGGGAAGAGUGACUCAAACAGAAGAGUGGAAGUGGAAGAAGAGGAGGUGCAGAUGAAAAAGAGGAAUGAAAAAAAGAAAGAGACAACGGAGGAUCUCAUUCAUCUGACUUGGGCCAUUAGGGAGCAUAUUGGGCACUUUGUCUGAUCUGCCUGCCAGCUGAAUACUGGCCAACUGAUGCAGCACUCACAGAUGGUAA